GUAGACGCGCUACGCUGUGACGUCAGCACAAGAUGGCUGCUCCCUGAAGACUUUCUUCUCCUAAAUGUUUGCCCGUCGCUCGUGUCAGGCUCAGAGUUAAAGACUCGGCCUUUCUCCAACCAUGUUCUCCUUCAGAGGCUGUAGUCGCUGGGUCGCGGUUUCACUCACCAAACAGCACCAUCCAUCUUCCCGGUUCAGCGGUGACAGCGCGGCCCCCUGGACUCCGCGCUUCGACGUGGUAGUCAUCGGCGGAGGACAUGCGGGGACCGAAGCCGCUGCCGCCGCCGCUCGGUGCGGCUCCCGGACUCUGCUGCUCACGCACCGAGUGGACACCAUCGGUCAGAUGUCCUGUAAUCCUUCCUUUGGUGGCAUUGGAAAGGGGCAUUUAAUGAGAGAAGUUGAUGCCUUGGAUGGCCUUUGUUCUCGAAUCUGUGACCAGUCUGGUGUACAUUACAAAGUAUUAAACCGGCGCAAGGGACCAGCUGUUUGGGGUCUGAGAGCUCAAAUUGAUAGGAAACUUUAUAAACAGAACAUGCAGAAAGAAAUCCUAAAUACACCGCUGCUUACUGUUCAGGAGGGAGCUGCAGAAGAUCUCAUUCUUACAGAACCAGAGCCUGAGCACACAGGGAAAUACCGCGUCAGUGGUGUUGUUUUGGUGGAUGGAAGUACAGUGUAUGCGGAGAGUGUGGUUCUAACUACUGGGACGUUUCUGAGAGGCAUGAUUGUAAUUGGAUUGGAGAUGCAUCCAGCAGGACGUUUAGGGGAUCAGCCUUCCAUAGGGUUGGCUCAGACUCUGGAGAAGUUGGGGUUUGUGGUGGGAAGAUUGAAGACUGGGACUCCGCCCCGGAUCGCCAAAGAAUCAAUUAAUUUCAGCAUUCUAAACAAGCGGACACCAGAUAAUCCAUCCAUACCGUUCAGCUUUAUCAAUGAGACAGUGUGGAUCAAGCCAGAAGAUCAGCUGCCAUGUUACUUGACUCACACCAACCCUCAGGUGGAUGAGAUUGUCCUUGAGAACCUUCACCUUAACUGUCACGUUAAGGAAACUACAAAAGGACCCCGAUACUGUCCCUCCAUUGAAUCAAAGGUUUUGCGUUUUCCAAACCGUCUACAUCAGGUUUGGUUGGAACCUGAAGGAAUGGAUUCUGACCUCAUCUACCCGCAAGGGUUAUCUGUGACACUGCCAGCUGAAUUACAAGAGAAAAUGAUCACAUGCAUCAGAGGCUUGGAGAAAGCUAAAAUGAUUCAGCCAGGCUAUGGUGUUCAGUAUGAUUACUUGGACCCCCGUCAGAUCACUCCUUCUCUCGAGACUCAUUUGGUGCAGCGGCUCUUCUUUGCUGGACAGAUAAAUGGCACUACUGGUUAUGAGGAAGCUGCAGCUCAAGGUGUGAUAGCUGGAAUCAAUGCAAGUCUUCGGGUCAGACACAAGCCUCCUUUUGUCAUUAGCCGAACAGAAGGCUACAUAGGAGUCUUGAUUGAUGACCUCACCACGCUGGGUACCAAUGAACCAUACCGCAUGUUUACCAGCCGAGCUGAGUUCCGCUUGUCACUGCGUCCUGAUAACGCCGACAGCAGGCUCACGUUCCGAGGGUACAAGGAAGCUGGUUGUGUGUCCCAACAACGAUAUGAAAGAGCUACUUGGAUGAAGUCUUCUUUAGAAGAAGGCAUUUCUGUGCUAAAAUCCAUUGAGUUUCCAAGUUCUAAAUGGAAAAACUUAAUCCCAGAGGCUUCUAUAAGUAUUGGUAAAAGUCUACCUCUCAGAGCUCUCGAUGUUCUGAAGUAUGAGGAAGUUGACAUAGAGUUGUUGGCCAAGGCUGUUCCAGAGCCCUUGAAGAAGUACACCAAAUGUAGAGAGCUAGCCGAAAGACUGAAAAUAGAAGCCACAUAUGAAUCAGUAUUGCUCCAUCAGCAACAAGAAAUAAAAGAAGUUCAGCGAGAUGAAGCUCUCCAACUGCCAAAAGACCUAGAUUAUUUGACUCUCAGGGAUGUGUCUUUGUCCCAUGAAGUUCGAGAGAAGCUACAUUUCAGUCGCCCACAGACGAUUGGGGCUGCCAGUCGUAUACCUGGAGUGACACCUGCUGCCAUCAUCAAUCUGCUCAGAUUUGUGAAGACCACUCAGCAAAGACAGGCAGCUAUGGAUAGAUUGCCCAAAACUGAUCAGCAUUUAUGUAAUACAGACAAACUUGAAGGUAGACAGUUAUAGCUUUCUAUUCAUAGAAGACUUGUAA